AUGUCUAAUGAAAGUUGCCUGCGGGCGAAUCAGUCAGGCUUAGACGACGGUUGGAACAACGACUCCACUCUCUUACCAGCCGAAGGCUCGGACAGCGCGGUAAGGCUCAAUGUGCCGUACGCACUGUUGGAGGCUACCGUCGCCUUGAUGGCUAUAUUCGGCAACACCUUGGUUAUUGUUGCGUUUAAGACCGAGCGACGUCUGCGAAGGAGAACCAAUUUUUACAUAGUGUCGCUUGCGUCAGCCGAUCUGUUGGUCGGUACGUUGGGCAUACCGUUCGCCAUUCUCGCCUCUAUAGGAAUUCCCCGCAACUUACACGCGUGCCUGUUCACCAUCUCCCUGCUGGUGGUACUCUGUACCAUCUCCAUCUUCUGUCUGGUGGCCGUGUCGAUCGACCGGUACUGGGCGAUCUUGCAUCCGCUGGCCUACUCGCGCAAUAUGCGCACCAAAACUACACUCUAUAUUAUAAGCAUGUGUUGGCUGGUUGGUUCAAUUAUUGGAUUUCUGCCGUUGUUUGGAUGGCACGAAGAACCAACCGAAGAUGCUUGCCUCUUUGUGAAGGUGAUGAACUACGACUAUCUUGUGUUUCUGUACCUCGUGACAAUCAUCAUACCUGCCGUACUACUGCUUGCGUUCUACCUGCACAUUUAUCGAGUUAUCGUUAAACAGCGAAAACAAAUCCUUUCAGUAAACUCCAUCGACAGUCGGUGCUCAGCUAAUCUGGCGAAUGUGGAAGACAGCAACACCGCACAGACGAUGCAGUGUAGCAAACGGCGUACGAAAAAGGACAACUACAACGGCACGAUGCUGCGCGUGUUGCGUGCGGCUCAGAACCGUGAGGUGAAAGCCACACAGAACCUCUCCAUCAUUGUGCUGUUCUUCAUGAUUUGCUGGAUGCCGCUGCAUACCAUCAACUGUAUUGUUGCGUUCUGCCCUCAGUGCCAUAUUCACGCACCCGUCAUGCUGUUUGUGAUAACGCUCUCCCAUCUGAACUCCGCGCUGAACCCGCUGCUGUAUGCGUACCAUUUGAAGGAUUUCCGAGCAGCACUGAAGAGGCUGAUCCUGUCAAUCUUCGGUAUCACGCCCACCGUGCCGCCACAGGCUGAGUGUGUCAAUUGCAUUUCAACCUUAGCGCAACAGCAACAGCAUCCUCAGCUAUUUCACGUAGCUUAA